AGUCCUCUCCAGCUUCCACUCCCUCCGUCCCUUCAAUGGCGUCCCUCCUCCCCCCUUUCCUCCUCCUCCUCCUCCUCCCUCUCGCCGCCUCCUCCUAUCCGUACGGCAACGUCUCCCUCCACAUCGACUGCGGCUCCGACCACACCUCCGCCGACGCCUUCAACACCACCUGGCUCUCCGACCGCUUCUUCACCGGCGGCUCCUCCUCCGUCGUCUCCGAGCCCCUCCUCUUCCCCUCCCGGCACGAGCAGAACCUCCGCUCCUUCCCCCGCUCCUCCGGCAAGAAGAACUGCUACGUCGUCCCCGGCCUCCCCUCCGGCCGCUACUACCUCCGCGCCUUCACCGUCUACGACGACUACGACGGCCGCUCCCACCCCCCCAGCUUCGACGCCUCCGUCCAGGGCACCCUCGUCUUCAGCUGGCUCCCCUGGCCCGAGGACUCCGCCCGCCGCGGCUCCUACUCCGAUCUCCUCGCCUUCGUCCCCGACCCCCCCGCCGAAGUCUGCUUCUACAGCGUCGCCACCGACUCCCCCGUCGUCGGCUCCCUCUCCUUGGUUCAGGUCGACCCGCUGUCGUACGACGCGGCUACCGUCGGGCACGGCUUCGUCCUUGUCAAUUACGGACGCCUGGACUGCGGUCCGGACAAUUGGGGGCCCGGGUUCACCAACGACACCGAUCAUUUCGGCCGUUACUGGCAGUCGGGCUCCGAUUUCCUGUCGCCCGACUCCAAGAACAAUGUCGUGCUCCUCUCCACGAUUACUACUAUUUCAGGGGCUAAUCAGCAACCGAAUUAUUUCCCGAUGAAGUUGUAUCAGACGGCUACGAUGACAAGGGAAGGGCCUUUAUACUACGAAUUGGGGGUCGACGCGAAGACGGAUUACUUGCUGUGGCUACAUUUCGCGGAGAUUGACUCCAAAGUGAGUGGACCUCGGCAGAGGGUCUUCGAUGUGGUGGUGAAUGGGAAGAAUUUGACCAGGGUCGACAUAUUUAAGGAGGUCGGGCUUCUCGCGGUGUAUGAUUGGCAUUGCAUAGUGAGGAACUUGAGCAGUACGACUUUGAAUGUGACGCUACAGCCGGUUGUAGGAGUACCCUUGAUUAGUGGGCUGGAGAAUUAUGCACUGGUUCCUGUUGAUCUUUCCACUGAUCCUGAGCAAGUGGUUGCUAUGAGAGCAUUGAAAGAGUCACUCGGAGUUCCCGAGAGAAUGGGUUGGAAUGGAGACCCUUGCGCUCCUACCAGUUGGGAUGCUUGGGAGGGAGUUACAUGUCAUCCAAACAAGGAUAAGACUUCCCUUAUAAUAUAUCAAAUAGAUCUUGGGAGUCAAGGCUUGAAAGGCUACAUAAGUGACCAGAUAAAUCUUUUGUUGAACUUGGUAAGCUUGAAUUUAAGCUCAAAUUCUUUACGGGGUACAGUUCCAUCUGGACUUGGGGGAAAUGUUCUUGCACGAUUGGAUUUGUCAGGCAAUCAGCUCACUGGCUCUAUACCAGACAGUCUAGCUUCUUCAAAUAUGCAACUUUUGGUAUUGAAUGAUAACUUAUUGGAAGGGCAGGUCCCAGAGGGACUCUUUACAAUUGGUGUCCAUGGAGGAUCUAUAGACCUCUCUGCUAAUAAAGCUCUAUGUGGAGCACCAUCUCUGCCUGUCUGCUCUAUUUGGGAAAAUGGUGGAUUGUCCUCCGGUGCUAAAAUUGCCAUUGGCCUAUCGUGUGCUGUUGCCUUCAUCAUGCUGCUACUGGUGCUAUACAUUUUCUGCAUCAGAAGAAGACGCAAUGACUAUGACUUUGGUUUACCUCACGAGCUGAUCUCGCUUGCCGCUAAGAGAAACCGAUACCAGAGGCAGAAGUCACUGAUGCUCCUUGAAAUGGAAAGCCAACAUGCCAAAGGAUUGCCUUCACCUUUCAGUCCUAACUAUCAGAAAUCUUGAAAAGUGAAGAGCGAUGAUGAUUGACCAUGUCCUCUCCUCAAAAGGGAGUCUGCCGGAUUCAAUUAUAUCACAGGCCUAAAACUGACGCAAGUGGCUUUGCUGCUUUAGAAAGAUGAGUUGCAUCCGUUCAACUUUUGAGCAAUUCCCUAGAAAAUGGGGUCAUAAAAUGUCAAAUUGCUCGUGAGAUACACUCCAUCUCAAUCUCACAUUGGUGAUCACUUGGCAUAGUUCACUCUACCAUGUAUACUGUGAUUUUUGGCAUUAUAGGAGAAAUAUUGAAAUGACUCAAACCAGAUGGAUCAAUUGAUACAGUUGUAAAUGUUGUAUUUUCAAUUACAAGUGGUCAUGAAAUGCUUGAAGAAAAGCUUUGGCAACUACACUACAUACUGUCUCAUUGAAUAGGGCAUUUUUUAUUGGCAGAUAA